ACAAUCAGUCGACUUUUGGCAAUUGGCAUAGCAACUAGCGAAUUUUUCCUCAAGUUUACAAGAUAAAUAAAAUUCUUUCUAUGUGGUGAUAACGGACUGUUAGUAGCAGUUUACUCCAACCAAAUUGUGAUUUUGCUGACGAUCAAAUGAACCAAAAGAUAACGGUCGGUAAACCGGUAAAAUAUUGUGUGAAAGGAUUUCCAAAUCGCCCUUACCCUUGCCCUUAAGUUCUUGAUGGGAAGAAUCACCGCAUCGGAUGACUUACGUCGCAUACCGCGAAGAAGAUUCUGCGCUGACAAUGAGUCGCGUCAAAAACAAUGAAAAACCGGAAGAAGGUUGGAUAACUUCUGAAGCACGAGUUGAAUAUGUAACUGAAGGCUAUGAAGAUACAAAUAUGGAUGCUGCACUGGAGGAAACAAGGACAAAUCAGUCCGAAGCUGAUGAUGAUUAUGAUGAUGAUAACCACGACGUUAUCAAUGAUCAGAAUAAAAGCUAUGAAGAUGCAGAUAUGGGGGCUCAAUCUGAUACUUAUGAUGAUUAUGAUGACGAUGAUGGUGAUCAUGAAAAGCACGCAAUUAUCAAUUUUCAGAUUAAAAAUUUAAUCGAAGAUGCUGACUAUGUAGGAAUGAUAAAUCGAAAUAAUGGUUGCAGAAGAAAUGAAUAUUUUAAAAUGAGUUAUCCAAAUAAUCCACAAGCAAGUAAAAGAAAAUCAUUUUCAAUACUUAAUAAUCCUUUAUCAAAUAGUACUCGAGAAAUGGCACCUACAUCGCAAACCUUAGCUAACUUAACAAAUCGACGAGCUCAGUUAUCUCAAAUGACCCAGACACAUGAUCAACAGACACAUGGACUAGAAGUAGUGGAUAGACCUACUGAAGUGAAUCGCCUUAAUCGAAGAAAUCACCCCUCAAACUUCGCCAAGACUACUCCAUCAGCUCCACUAAAGCGCUCAAACUCGAUCAGCCUUUCGGAUCUCUUAUCUAAACACCUGCAGAAAAAGCAAUGUCCACCAGCUUACGAAGAAUACUUACCGCAAAUAUUAGGCUCAGACAGAUCAAGUAUAACAUCUCCUACAGUAUUGAGUCAUGAAAAACUACACCAGAGUAUUGAAAACAACACAGUAUCUUCUGUGCAAAAUUUAUCUGUUUCAGCAAACCAGCCUGAUCACAUAUAUAAACAGUUACCUGGGAAGCAAUCCCUGCCAUCUUACAGAGUUCUUGUCGAACAAAACUCUCCGGCAAAUAGAACUAUUAUUACCAACGCCAGUGGUGUGGAGAAUAAUGAUCAAAGAAUAGAAUCUAAAUGUAUAUCAACCAAGAAAUCAUGUGCCCAGCAGAAUUUUGUAAGCAAUACAAACCGACUCCAUCAGAUGUGUAAACAUACUGAACAGCUAUUUCCACCACUUUUUAAAGACUUGGAACAAAAUCCUCAUGCAGGUAACUUAAUUGUACAAAGAACUACUGGGGCUAAACCAUUAUAUCUAGCAAAUAUAUCUCGAAAUAAUACGAAUAGCACUUCACCUUCUGCGCAACAUUUACCGAGCAUAGAAAGUGACUUUGGUCAAUUAUCCCGAGCUCCUUAUCAAUUCCAGACUCGAGCAGGUCUCCAAAACGAUAUUACACAUAUACAUCAGUGUCUUGCAGGUGAAUCUACUGCAGCAAAUAUUCCUAACCAGAGACCUGGCCUUCAAGAUGACAAACAUAAUACAUCGUCUGCGGUACCAAAUCUUCCAAUGAACAAACUGAUGGAGAACACUGAAAAUGCAUGUGAAAACCAACCUCUGCCGGUUCUAAAAGGCUAUUUACUUCAAGACCCACGUACCAAAUUACUGUUUCUCGUAAAAGAUAUAGAAAUGAAUACUAAAGAAAAUUCACCGGGUCAUAGUGUCACCGUGAAUAAGUCACCAACUCCGUAUAAUGUUCCAGAUACAACAGACCAAUCAAAUCAAUCUUUUGAAGACUUUGUUCCCGACUGUUUUGACUUUGAGCUUCCGACACAUCCUCCUUGCUCAUGCGUAUGUUCACAUGGAAGAAGAUUUUCAUCAUUUACUCCAAGGCACGCGACCAAAAAUCCACUUAACUCCGAAUCGACUGUAAGAAAUCAUGGCAGGCAAAGUACUUAUUAUGAAACGCUUACAGAGACUAGAUCCCCUAACACGAUAAACUUAGCAAAUUAUCAACAGUCUUGUUCGCAAGCAGAUCUUAUUUCUGUACACCAGAAUAGUUGCUCUCAAAAUAGAACAGAAAUCAAACCAAUAGCUAAAAGCUCUCCAGUCAUAACAAACCAAUCAUUAAAACCAUUAAUAAUACGAGAAGAACAAUAUCCACCAAUAAAUGUAAACUCUUCAGAUAAAGUUACGUUUACUGAAACAUUGCCUGUUAAUAAGUUAACUAGCGUGAACUCUGUUGCAGAAAGUAGUUGUCUUGAAACUGCUGAGUCGACAGCUAAUCUGGAUUCAUCAAAUGUUAUCAAUGAGCUCGAAGAUACGAACGCAGAACCAAAGCAAACCUUAUUAAAUGAUUUAAAAUUUCUUUUCUCAGAAAUGCAUUCAAAAUUUUCUAACACGCUUAAAUCAUUUCAAAAUGCAAUUCUUACUAAACGACACAAAUUGAGAAACAAGCGGCUUGUCUCCUCUUCUUGUAAAAAAAUGGCACAACCUCAAAAUACAGUGAAAAGCAAAAAUGUGAUGAAAUGUGAUACUAGUCUUAAUCAUGGCGAUAAAAAAAAUACAUCGUUUGUUUUACCACCGGAAUAUAAUCCAGAAAACUCAAGAUGGACUUUGAAAUAUCAAAAUUCAUCGGCGGGAGUUGUUGAAAUUAUGCCUCAUAGCUCUGUGUACGUUGAUGAAAAAAAAUUUAUUAUUUGUAAACUUAAGGCGAAAGAUUGUAAAUCAUUAGCAAGAAUGUUAUUAAUUGAAAUUUUCUCAGAUAAUGCAUUGCGUGUAUGUUCGUUAACUGGAGCAAGAUCCAAUGCUCACAAACCACCACAAGUGCGACCUGGGCUAGAUAAACAUGCCAGAAUGGUACUGUUAGAAUUCGUUUGUGAGUACGGACAGCAAAAAGGUUGGGCGAAAUGCAAUGCAGAAUCCAUUCUAAAUAGUGUACGCAGUAAAGUUCAGGAUAUAAGAAAAAAGCAAAACGAAGUUUCAUAAACUACAAAGUAUUUUUAUUUUAUUGGUUCCUUGACAAUCCAUCAGUUCCCAAAAAAGAAUUUGAAGUAAACAUUUUGUUCGAUUGUUAUCAUUAUCAGCAUAUUCUCCUUGAAAAGAAAUAGGACUGUUUUCUUAUUGCUUAUGGACUGAACUUUUAGUUAUAGGUUUUACGCAGUCGGUUUUUUUUAAUUUACUCUUUAGUUACUAUUACAAUAAAAUGGUGAAUUUUGCA